UCGUACAUGAGUAACCAUAACGUUGUGCUGGUUUGCAAUGGUUAUAAUAAUAGUUAGCUGUCGCUAUUCAUCGACAUGGGGACUAAAUGUGAAUGUGUAAAAGACCACUCCAGUCUCUCCUGUGCCGUGGACAAAUCGACGUGCAAAUCGGUAAUGUAUGCGACGUGGAUAACAUCAAAGGCAAGCAAUCCCCAUUGCAACGAACAGCUGCAGCCAGCUAAGCUAGCUGUUAUUAUUUUCUGAUGCGCCACACUGCAACGUUUCUAUUUCAUGUAAGAGAGACCGAUAACAACAGCUAACCACUGUUGUUACAUCAACCAGAAUACACGUUUUUGGAAUGUAUUUCUCGAAAAAAUGCUCAAUUUUCAAGGUAGUCCUCAGCGCACUGAUCAUUGUAGCGCUGCUCCAGCUGAUCUAUCUGUCAUUCCUGUCGAGAUUUCACGGCAAGCAGCAGCGCUACAAAUACUCCGAGUUGUUUGGGGGAGGUGGCAGCAGGAGAAAUGCCCACCAGAACGAGAAGAACACUAAAAAGGAGCACCUCCGCUACUCCCUCUCCACGGGCGGCAUAUUCGACGCCAGCGGGCAGUAUCGCGUGUACAAAAACUUGAUGAAAAGCGACGUGUCGACCAAUCAAAAGCCUGGGUCGAACACGCUCGCCCUCGCGACGCACACCACCAUCAAUAACCUCCACCACCUGGACUCGCUGUUGGAGCGCUGGAAGAACCCGCUAUCAAUUGCCAUAUUCGCGCACGGACAAGACGUGAAGUUCGCAACAGCACUAGUCUACGCCCUCAGCAUCUUCUGCCCUCACAUCCAAGCCCUGGUGGACUUCCACCUCGUCUGUCCGUCAGAGGAGACCGCCAGCUUCCCAGAACAGGACCGAGAGCACUUCUCGGGCCUGGAGGACUGCGCUGGGGUGUUUGCCAAGCUUGGCUCCCACAGGGACAAGUAUAAGAACUAUGCCAUCGGCAGCAACAUCUCCUACCCUAACAACCUGCUCCGCAACGUGGCGCGCAGUGGCACUGAUGCCGCCUUCCUGCUGGUCAUCGACGUGGACAUGGUGCCCAGCGCCGAUCUGCACCAGGAGUUUGUGGACAUGCUGGCACGGAGACGGAUAGCGCUGGGUGGUGGUGGUGGUGGCAGCGGGGGCUCGGACGAGGUGUUUGUGCUGCCCGCCUUCGAGAUCCGGCACACGCGCAAGCUGCCCGCCACCAAGCCAGAGCUGGUGCAACUCUACCAGGUGGGUGAGGUGCGUCCCUUCUACGAGGAGCUGUGCCCGCGCUGCCAGAUGCCCACCAACUACUCGCGCUGGGUGAACCAGCACGCGCCACAGGGCCAGCUGGACGUGGCGUACACGCUGAGCUGGGCCGACCCCUGGGAGCCCUUCUACAUCGGCCACCGCUCCGUGCCGCUCUACGACGAGAACUUCCGGCAGUACGGAUUCAACCGCAUCAGCCAGGCGUGUGAGCUCCACAUAGCGGGCUACCGGUUCUCGGUGCUGAGUUCGGCGUUUGUGGUGCACCUCGGCUUCAAGGUGCAGGGAGAGUUCCACAGCCGCAAGGACGAGGAGAACCGACGGAACCGAGUGCUGUUCCGCAGUUUUAAAGAGGGCCUCAAGACCAAGUACCCCAACUCACCCAGACGCUGCUGACGAAGCACACACACACACACAUACACACACACACAGAAACACACACAGAAACACACAUAGAGGGCCUCAAGACCAAUUACUCCAACUCACCCAGACGCUGCUGACGAAAACACACACACACACACACACACACACACACACACACACACACACACACACACACACACACACACACACACACACACACACACAUAGAUGGCCACACACACACACACAAGAUGGGCCUCAAGACUAAGUACCCCAACGCUGUUGACCAUAGACAAACACACACACACAGAAGUACCACAAACUCACCCAGACGCUCAUGACACAUGCGCGCACCAAGACCGCCCAAUAAAGACAGACUGACAAGGCAGAAAUAUGAGGAUUCACGUCAGUCCCAGAUAACAUAUAACCCUGAUGCUUAGACCAUGGAGUGCUUUCAUGUGUAUGCAUACCCCUUGUAGCCACACACACACUCACUAUACUGUGAAGGCUUUUUACUGGCCAGUCUGCAGUCAAAUUGAGAGAAACCUUGAAGACCACUGAAAGUGUUACUCUUAACAAAAUGCCACUGAGUCUGAGAAGGACACUCGGCCUCAUUUUCUUACUGAGGGGACUUAAGCAGAAAAGGUGGAUAUUUUUUGUAAAUAAUCACAGAAAUACAAAUCCUGAUUUCAUUAUUGUAGCCUGCCAUCAAAAUAACAGUAUUUUACGCUUGGUAAUUUCAAGAGUCUGCAGCGCUAAGAACAAUGGGCCGUUCUUCUCAUUUCUUAAAAAGAGAUCGUCUUAAGCCCUAUUCCGACGGGACUUGUUUAAUGUAUGGACGUGGGGAAAUGUGAUUUUUAUCUGGAUUGAAAUAUUUAUCUGGAUUGAAAUAUCUCGGUAAACGAACAGAAAGUAGGAGGGGUUACUCAUCACGCACCUGUGACUGCACUUGUCGUCAUGUGCGUGCCAACUCCACAAUAUUUUUAUUGAUUUUUGAGCACAUUAUUGUGCAUCCAUGGAGGUAUUUGGUCCCGCGGAACAAUUCUAAUAAUUGCCUGUUGGUUAACUAACCCAUGGAAAUCCAUUCUAAUGCGUCUGCAUGCUUGUCCUUUCAUUUGGAGAGUGGGUUUGACCAUGCUGUCUGAUUUUGACAGCGAACACAGCUUGGAACAACUCCCUAAAACAAAACUAACGGUUUACUGCAAGGCUGCAAUGUUUGCAAGCCGGGAGAGAUUGGAUAUAUUGUAUGUUUCGUGCACUUAACCAGACAUCUUUACAUAAGGGUCUCAUUCGGACGGGAUUAGUAUUACCUGGGGUAAUUCCUCUGGACCGUUUUACAGGAGGUAAAACUCGCAGUGAAGUUUACCCGACAUACUCCUCUAUCUUCACUGACAUGGCGCGUUCGGACAGGACUACAUUUCCCGGUUAUUUUUACUUUACCCCAGGUCCCCACAUUAAACUAGUCCUGUCGGAAUAGGGCUUUAGAAUGUUGAAGGAUUAGAACCUCAAUAGCCAGUGAGAAAACACCUUAGCCAUUUUGUAAAAAAAAAAAAAAAAAGCCUCUGAAAUGUAGCAGUAUUAAAGAAAGGCAAUAAUGCCCCCAUCAGACCAACAUAAAAGUUGUCUGUCAAGAGACCACAAGAAAGGUCUGUCUGCCAUUUUACUUUUCGAUACAAUACAAAAAAAGGUUCAUUGUGGACAAUAAACUCGUCCUUGCAAAAAGUAACACACAAAUGCUCCCUUUGACCCUUCAUCUUGGAGAUUAUGGGCAAUGAACACGUGGACAGUAGGGUAACGCAGCUGUAUGUUUGUGACUUGAAACACUAUUUAUGACUGGAUGCAGUAUAUUUAUAUUUUUAUUUAUUGAACAUGGAUGGUAUCACCCUUGCAAAGGCAGAACAUAGAUUACAUUGCUACUUGCACUGUCUGCUAAGGCAUUGAAGGAACCUUGAAAGAAAAGCUUUCCUGUAGGAAGACGUUGGUGUCUCUCCUUCAACUCCUUCCAUUCAAUUUAAUCCAUGAGACAGAACAGCAUUUCGAUCACAUGGUCUUUUUUGAGAUUUUUGAGAAAGAAAAUCCCACACCCCAGCCACAUUUCACAGGGGUUUAUGCCAGGGGUGGGGAACCUAUGUCUGGUGUGCCAUUAACGGCCCUUGAGGCAGUCUUAUCUGGCCCCCGAUAUAAGUUUAUGUAAUGCAGCUUCACAUGAAAUAUGACCUGUUUUGUAAAGUAAUCUUAGAAAUUACAUUUGCAAUACAAUUAAGUUGUAUUUUCAGGGGACCUAGUGAAGGUGGGGUGUGUUGUAAAGGUGGCUGCCUUCAAUGUAGGCCUAUGUGCAGGGGGAAAUUAUGGUUUGUGCUCAUAGUAUGGCCCUUGGAAGACUUAAACAGCUCUUGGAGGAAUUUGAUGUGGCCCCUCGACUGAAAGAGGUUCCCCACACUUGUUGUAUGCAAACAUACGGGCUGCACGCACAGCUGAGGGUGCCUCUGCAGCCUCAGAUUGUUUGGACGCGGCAUGCUGUCACUCAAAAGAUGCGCUGAUGUGAUUGGCUGCCUAGCACAUUGCUCCUCCUCACAGCAUGAAUGUUUGUAAACGAGAAACCCAUGUACGGUCCUCAGUAGCGUUUUUGAAUCCCUGGGCGACCCCUUGUCCUAUUGGAGCCCAUGAUGGCAGGUUCUUGCUGUGCCUCAUGAAAGCUAACACUACUGCAGUGUCAUCGGCGUCAAUGUAUGAAGAGUUUUGUUGCAAAAUGACUUGAAUGCUAUUUUUUGACGUGCAUUUUAUUAUUAAAAAUGACUGUUUACAUGUCAUUACAUCCAUGUGUGAAUUCUUGCCAUUCACUUAUUUUGGCAACACGUGUCUUAAACCUAUAUAAAAUGCAAUGCCCAAUACAAAAAUGUCAAUUUCCCAAAAUGUUCCAAAAUGUAUGUCAUUUUGCAAUGAAGCUCUUCGUAUUUUUUGCAGUUUAUGUGGGGUUUUAGUCUUUACUGAGAGAGAGAGAGAGAGAGAGAGAGAGAGAGAGAGAGAGAGAGAGAGAGAGAGAGAGGUAACUUGGGAGAGAUACAUCUGGAGGGAAGGAUCUGGAAAUGACCUUGGGCUGGAAUCGAACCUGGUUCCCUAGAUUCAUGGUACUGCGCCUUAACUCAUUGCGUCAUGGCUCCCCACACAGUACAUGUAAUAUUGGCCAUUAUUAAUAAUAUGCAGUAUGGGGGGCUGGACAUUAACCUCUAGAACUGACCAGGACUUGCUUUAUCUUUAAAAAAAUACUUUUUAAAUUUAAAUGUCCAAUGCCUACAAAUAUAAUCCCAAACGGAGGAAUUUGUACUGAAUUUCCUUUUUUGUUGGGUGCACUGACUAUUUUGGACUCAGAGUGGUGUUUUUCUUUUAUUCUCUGUCUUUAAAUAUCACGACUAAACAAGAACAUAACCCAUGGGAAAUGGGUUGGCUAUUCUUGUGCAUGUAUGAGACUUGCAAUUACGUUUUCUUGGUUUGCAGUAUUUAAAAGGAGGAAACCUGCCCUCCUUAUGAUAUUGUAUUAUGGGUAAUAAUGACUUAACUGCUGUUAACACUAGAUCACAUAUUUUCUUUGUGUCAUGGUUUUGCUAUUUAUUGAGUUGAUUACCAUGCUCUGUGUACUAUGAAACAAAACUGACUGAAACUGCACACUUUGUAUAAGGUCAAUGUCUUCUACCACAGCAUUGUUUGGAGGAUUCAUUUUUCUUGCAUUGAAAGCAUUUCAACUCUCUCAAGACUGCAAUUUACAGGUGGCAUAUCUUCAACCAUGGCUUUGUGCUGAAACCCAGAGACUGAUAUUUUGAUGUAAAUUGUGUUUUCAGCCAUGGUGUCCUACCUUAAGUUGCCAUGUUUUACCACUUGAGAAAACUCCAUUACUACAUUUCUGUGUUUCUCACAGUAACACUACUAGUGCUGGAGUGUGUGGAGUGCUACAGAUACAAGAGAGAUGAUCUCACUUUCUCGCUGAAUGAUAUGUGUUGUUGAUUUUAUUUCUAUUUGAAGAGGUGGAGUACAUGAUCUGCCGUAGUUAGUUGGUUGAUUAAAUUUUUGCCUUGGUUUCAUUUCUCAUUAAAAGGUACCAUUUGACUUGA